UUCCCCAAAAUCUUUGCGAGCGAGCGAGCGAGCGAGCGAGCGAGAGAAAGAUGGCAGUGACGGUGAGAGUCAUGGAUGCCUACGAGAAGCUGGAGAAGGUCGGAGAAGGGACCUAUGGCAAGGUCUACAAAGCGAGGGAGAAGGCCACGGGAAAGAUCGUCGCCCUCAAGAAGACCCGCCUGCCGGAGGACGACGAGGGUGUCCCUCCAACCACUCUUCGCGAGGUCUCGCUUCUCAGAAUGCUCUCCAUCGACCCCCAUGUCGUCCGGCUGCUGGAUCUCAUACAAGGCCAGAACAAAGAAGGGCAGACAAUUCUUUAUCUGGUCUUUGAGUACAUGGACACGGAUCUUAAGAAAUAUAUCAGAAGCUUCCGUGCAACCCAGGAGAAGAUUCCAUCCAAAUUUGUGAAGAUUUUGAUGUACCAACUUUGCAAGGGUGUAGCAUUCUGUCAUGGUCAUGGUGUACUGCAUAGAGACCUGAAGCCUCACAAUCUUUUGAUGGAUCCAAAGACGAUGAUGCUUAAAGUAGCAGACCUUGGACUCAGUAGAGCAUUCACUAUUCCCCUAAAGAAGUAUACUCAUGAGAUACUGACACUGUGGUAUAGAGCUCCUGAAGUGCUUCUUGGGGCCACACAUUAUUCAACACCAGUUGAUAUGUGGUCUAUUGGCUGUAUACUUGCCGAACUAGUUACAACUCAAGCACUAUUUCCUGGAGACUCUGAGCUGCAGCAGCUCCUUCAUAUUUUCAGGUUAAUGGGCACUCCAAAUGAAGAGGUGUGGCCGGAAGUAAGCAAAUUACCCAAUUGGCAUGAAUAUCCUCAAUGGGGCCCAAAGAAACUUUCCUCAGAAGUUCCAGAUCUCGAUGCUGAUGGAAUUGAUCUACUUUCGAAGAUGUUGCAGUACGAUCCUUCGAAGCGGAUCUCUGCAAAGAAAGCAAUGGAGCACCCAUACUUUAACGAUGUAAAUAAAGCAUACUUUUGAGAUCUUUUAAAGUACUGGUACUAAGUAGGUGUUCUGUCCAGAACUAUCAGAUUUAUUGUGGCUGGUGUUACUUUGGUGUUGUAUAUGCCUGCUUUCCUUAAGCAUUGCAAUUCACCGAGCGGGGGUUGGCAUUAAAAUCUAAAGCUUUGUAAUGUUUUUACUGCCUCAGUAGCUGAGAAAGAUGGCGAUCAAAACCUUUUCAAGAAUGAUAAGGUGUAUGACUUGAUUUA